UUAGCAACGGGGGUCGGAGGUUUGUUUUCCUUUGACUGCACCGGGCACAGCACCGGGGUUGCUUUCAGAUUAUACCCUAGUUACACAGGCGUUCAGGGACGGAACUGAAGUCGAGCGACUUGGCGUCCCCCGCUUCUCGUAGAAUGAAGCCUCGAAAAUAGCAUGGACGGAAUUUAGCUUCGAUUGUUCGUGGUAGGUCAAAGCCAAUGUGAUGGUUGCACCGAAGUUGCAAGAGCGUCAAGAGGAUGAUCUUCCUGACAAGGAUGUCGCUAAAGAAUUCUACGCCAAGUAUGAGCCAAAAGAGAUCCUGGGAAGGGGGAUAAGUAGUACAGUAAGACGGUGCAUUGACAAGGAGACUGGUGAGGAGUUUGCUGCAAAGAUAAUAGAUAUCAGCUCAGAUACUGAUGGGUCAGGACCAACAAGUCUCUACCAGGCAACGAAAAGGGAAAUCGAAGUGCUGAAGAGAGUGGCUGGUCAUCCCUAUAUUAUUGAGCUGCAUGAUGUGUUUGAAUCGACAACAUUUAUUUUCCUGGUGCUGGAGCUGUGUCGGCAUGGGGAACUCUUCGACUACCUCACAAGUGUUGUUGCCCUUUCAGAAAAAAAAACAAAGAGUAUCAUGAAGCAACUGUUUGAAGCUGUCGAGUUCAUACACUCAAAAGGCAUUGUCCAUCGAGACCUGAAACCGGAAAACAUCCUCUUGGAUGAUGACUUAAAUGUCAAGGUCACUGACUUUGGUUUUGCUACUCAGCUAGCAGAAGGUGAAACAUUAACAGAACUCUGUGGUACCCCUGGUUACUUGGCACCUGAGCUGCUGAAGGCAUCAAUGUAUGAAAGCUCGGAGGGGUACGACAAGCAAGUUGACAUCUGGGCUUGUGGAGUCAUCAUGUACACGCUGCUGGUGGGCUUCCCACCAUUCUGGCACAGAAAGCAAAUGGUGAUGCUUCGCAACAUCAUGGAAGGAAAGUAUGAGUUUUGUAGCCCAGAAUGGGAUGAUAUCACUGAAGCCCCUAAGGACCUGAUCAGUAAACUGCUGGUUGUUGAUCCGAAGAAACGUCUCACUGCCUCUCAAGCAUUGGAUCAUUGCUUCUUCAAGGCUGUUAAACGUGCAUCCGUUUUCGUCACCGAAGACGUGGGAAUACAAAAGCGCACCUUCAAUGCAAAGAAAACUUUUCAGUUUGGCAUUCUUUGUGUCAGAGCACUGGUGCGCAUUCGACGGCUACGAUACACCCCUGAGCCACUCUCUCUGAACAUCGCACGGACCAACCCAUAUCGCAUCAAGACAUUGCGAAAGGUGAUCGAUGGUUGUGCCUUCAGAGUUUACUGCCACUGGGUCAAGAAAGGAGAAAUGCAGAACCGUGCUGCCUUGUUCGAGAAUCACCCCAAGAUUGAGCUGCGACAGAUGUAUGAAGAGACACAAGUGGCUGCCUGAGCAGGAGGAGGAUCCCAUUUACUGGCGCUGGCCAUUGUCCAAGCAUCAAGGUGCUACAAGUACCUCUCCACGCAGUGCAGUUGUGUAGCCGCCUUUGUGGCGCUGUGUGUCAAUUGUGCCCGCUACACUCUGUCCCCCGUUCUGGGCCACUGUGCAUAGGUCAAUGCCUCUGGAAAGGAGAUUUGACAUUGCCCACCAAGUGUUGCAACAGUUGUUGCCCAUGUUCCUUUUGUUUUCAAGGAUGCUCUUAGGACGGUUUGCAUAUGUUGGCAGGUAUGCACCUGCUUUCCUAGUCAAAUGAAAGCUUAAUGUCAAAUUUUUUCAUUUUGAAUUGACAACAAUCAGUCUGGUAGUGCAUGUUCCAUUGAAAAGCCAUUUCACCAAGUGUAAAUGCCCAAUUUUCUUGUGUAAGAUCAUACACAAAAUGAGCUGUUCCAUCCAUGGGAAAGGUGGACUAGGUAGGCGACAGUUUUAGCAUGGAAUGAAUCUGCACUUUAUCAGUUGCUAAAAUAUAAAAGCUUUUGGAGCAUUUGUCUUUGGCAAAAGUAUUUUUAAAAUAUGUGUCGGUAGCUAUAAUGUCACAAUUCAAAGAAUCUCAGAAUUUAUUUUCCACUAAUGACUUUCAUGUCUAUGGAUAGAUGGCACCAGAAGGGCAUGUUUAGCAAACUUCAUUAAGCAUCCUGAAUUAAAAUUUCAUUAAGUGUUGCAAUAAUGAUUCUGUUGUCACUAACUUGUGCUCUUGGCCAAGUCCAAAGCCAAAAAUAUCUGGCAGGUCCCAGCAUGACAAAAUUUAUUUUUUACCUAUGCGCAAUAUGGCUUAAGUAGAUUUAGGCCCGGAUAUAUACUGGCGAGCAUAAAACAACCUGAUGCUUAGACUAGAAGGCAUAGUGAAAGGAUUCAUUGUUGCAUGUGUAUAGAGAACAACCAAAGUGAACCAAAACUGUGCAGGUUUUCUUACAUUUGAGAUGCCUAUGCUUUGGAAAGUUAACAAGAUAUCUAUAUCGGACAUGCAGGUCCUUUGUGUGUUUGAAAGCAGACUGAAUAAAUAUGUGUUAAUGCAA